AUGGGGAGGGGAGUCAAUGCCAAGCUGAUACAGCCAGUGCUGGACUCUUACUGGUUCAGGACCAUCUCAUUCAGGACCAGCAUUAAUGACCCUGAAGAGUGUGAAGCUAUGGAGAAGCAGGUUCUGGUGGAGAUAAAACCUCCUGGGGGGAGCACCAACAGGGAGUUACCUGGAGUGGAGAGCUAUGAAAUAGUUUAUCCACGGAAGCUGCGCUCGGUGCAGAAAAGGAACACCCAGACCAAAUAUGUUGACAAGGUGGAGUAUGGAAUCAAAGCCAACGGCCAGGAAGUCGUCCUGCAGCUACAAAAAAAUAAGGAUCUUUUAGGUCGAGAUUACACCGAAACUGUUUAUUCGGAUGACGGUCGACAAAUAACAAGAACUCCUCGGAUCAAGGAUCACUGUUUUUAUGAAGGCCACGUUCAGGGUGAUGCUGAGUCCACAGUGAGCAUCAGCACCUGCCAAGGGCUCAGUGGUUAUUUUGAGACCCGUGGCCAGAGGUACCUCAUCGAGCCCCUGGGGGGCUGGGAGGGAGCAGAACACGCCGUUUAUAAAUACGAGGCACUGAAACAAGAGCCCAUCAAAACCUGUGGCCUCGCCAACAACACCUGGGAACAGGAUUCUGAUGACCCCUUCAACGACAUCUUCAAGUCCAGCAACAGCCCCGAGAUGAAAGAGUACCUGAAAGCCAAAAAAUACCUGGAGCUCUACAUAGUUGCAGACAACACUCUGUACCAGAACCACGACAAAGAUGUCAAAGCCAUCAGGCAGAGGGUGUUUGGAAUCGUCAACUACGUCAACACGGUUUACAAGGCCCUCCAUAUCCACGUGGCCCUGGUGGGGCUGGAGGUGUGGACGGACGGGGACAAGCAGCCCGUGAGCAGGAACGCCGGGAUCACCCUGGACACCUUCUCCAAGUGGCGCCGCUCCGACCUGCUCAAGAGGAAGGGACACGACAACGCCCAGCUCAUCACGUGGGCGACGGACGGUCCCUCCUCCUGUUACCGCCUGAACGAGCGGGGCGCGUACUACGGGUACUGCAGGAAGGAGCAGGGCACCCACCUCCCCUGCAAGGCAAAAGACAAACUGUGUGGGAAGCUGUUCUGCUCCGGAGGGAGGGAGAUGCCCCGCGAAGGGAGCCUGGUGACUGUUAAUUCCUGCAAAGCAAGUUUUCCUAAAAAUGGAGAUGAUGAGGACCUGGGCAUGAUUCUGGAUGGAACCAAGUGCGGGAAUGGGAUGGUGUGCAGCAACGGAGAGUGUGUCUAUACUGAGGAGGUCUUUAGAUCAACCAACUGCUCUGCCAAGUGUUCUGGACAUGCUGUGUGUGACCAUGAGCUGCAGUGCCAGUGUGAGGAAGGAUGGGGACCACCCACCUGUGACAGCUCCUCAGCCUUCACCAGCAUUGCCAUCGUGGUUGGGGUGCUGGCUGUCCUGGCUGUCACAGCCACUGCAGCAGUGCUGCUCAUCCGCUUCCGAGUGGCCAAGGAGAGCCACCAGAACAGGAGUGGACCUGGAGCCACCAACCAAGUGUUUGUGGAUCAAGAGGAGAGGUGCAGAGAACCCCCAGGCCUGGCAGUGCCUGCCCAGAAGGUGGAUGGGAAGAAACUCCUGCUCCCUGUGCCUCCACCUCAGGAGAACAAACCCCAGCUCCAGAGUCCUGCCUUGAGGCCUAAAGGUCCCCCACCUCCUGUUCCUUCCACCAAACCAGCCUCAUGUCACCCAGAGGAGAAGUUUGCUUUAAAACCCCCGAUGAAUCCCCGAGUCUGA